CUCAUUUAAAGAACACGCAGAUGCAUGAAAGAUGAGUAAUUGACAAGAGAAACAGUCAGGGACACAUGCACAUGCCGCUGCCACACUGUUUGAUAUCGAUUUAUACAGUUCGACGGCUGAAGCUCGACUGAGGCAUCGCGCAAGUAUAACUGCCUAUUGCGCUUGCGCUCACAUAAACUGGAGAGCGAAAUAUAUCUAUUUUUUAGUACGCUCAAUUUACUUAUUUCGUGAAAUGUGUUUUAAGUAUAGCACAUAUCGGUACUUUCACAUUGUUCGAUGCAUCUACAGUAACAUCUAUUUUUCAUUGUAUAAUAAAGGAAAAUGAUAGCAAAUUAUUAAAUUGUUCUUUCUCUUGUCUCGCCUUAAUAAUAGUAAAGAGAUAGUAGAAUUUUGAUAAAAAAGAAAAAAAUCAGUAUUUGUCAGAAGAUUAGUUGACCGUUUUUCUGACAAAGCUGCUCCGUUCAUCGCGAAGAAUGGUAUUUACAAGUGAACGCUGUUAUAAGAUUCAUCGAAUUAUGUUUAUGGCUAUGGGAUUCUGGCCAUAUCAGAAACCAUUUAUCUGUCGGCUGCAAGCACUUUUCUUCUGCAGUACAUGUUGCUUCAAUAUAUUGUUUCAGUUAACACCCUUUUUAACGACAACAUGUAACAUGGACUGUAUCCUAAAAAGAUUUUCUUAUAUCUGUUUAUCUAGUGUUUAUGUUUUGUGUUACUGUUCUUUCUAUUUCAAUUCUGAAGUUAUAAAGCAAUCGUUGAAACAUGUACAGUUGGAUUGGAAAAUGUUUGAAAAUAGUGACACAAUUAAAAUAUUUGAAGAAUAUCUCUUCCUCGCUUAUAUUUUCGAAAUAUUUGCGUGUAUACUUAUUCCUACAAUGAUAUCUGCAUAUAUGGCUCUUGAAUGUAAAUCACUCAUUCUUGAUGCUAUUAUACCGAUGAAUGUAUCCCGACCACGUAAAACUGAAGCUGAUUAUGAAUUGUUUCUUGAUGAACAGGAAUAUUUCUUUUUAUAUAUUAUGCAAGAGGGGCUAGGAAUAAUGAUUGGCUUUUACGCGAUACUGGUACCUGCAGCAUUUUGCUUUACGCUUACGAGACACAGCUGCGCAGCAUAUAAAAUUGCAAGUUGUUUAAUACAAAAUACGGCGAUCGUCCGCACACUGCAAAUUCCUGUUACUCAACAGAUACAAUUUAUGCAUCGAAGCAUUUCUUUUUCUGUUUACCUUCACCGCAGAACUUUGAAGUUAAUGAAAAACUUCUUGCAUGCGGUUGAUUUGUGGUAUUUUCCGUUACUUUUAAUUUGUGUACUGUGUUUAAGUUGCGUUCUACUUCGCCUGUACAAUAAUAUACUACAGGCCGGUAAUUUGUAUGAUCUUUUCGUAUGCUGUCUGCUUUUAUCUACUUGUUUCACGUACAUGUUUAUUACAAAUUGUCUUUCACAAAUAUAUACUGAACACAGUACAUUGAUAUUAAAAUCUAUUUCAAUAAUAUGUAUCUGUAUAUAUGCUUUGUGUUGCAUAUAUCUAUCCGAGAUACAUAUAUCAAGAUAUGAUACUCUUUGGUAUGUCGCGCCAGUACCGAUCCAAAAACUGUUCUUAUUUAUGCAAAUAUCUAUAAAGGCUCAUAUAAUAAUGAUGGGUGGUCUUUUUGCUUUGUCCAUGGAAGGAUUUUCUACGCUUUUGACCACGGCUGUAUCAUAUUUUACUGUAUUACAUACUAUGCAUUCUUGAAUCUGAAGUGACAACGAAAUAAUGAAGAAGAUAUAGUCAUCAAGAGUAACGCUUAUUUGUGUAAAAAUUAUUAUUUUAACAAAAAUAAGUUACGGAAAUUUUCUGAGAAUGUAGUUAUAUGUGUUGUAUGAUGUACAUCAUAAAUAUGUGUACUUACACAUCUAUUUUGAGCACCGUAUUACUUCAUUAUAUUUGACAGUGUCAAUUUUAUAAUAAUUUUUCUGCUUUAUGGAAUUAUUUGCUAAUUAUAAAGGCUUGCAAAAGUUCGUAAGGUCACAAAUACAAGCAGAGUCACAAAAUGCAAGUAUAGCUCAACAAAAACUCGUCUACACAUUAAAAGGACUUGCAGAAUAACUUGAAGUUAAUGACUUGGCAGUAUCCUGUCAUUUAAAAGCAAUGGGAAAGAUCCAAGAGGAAGAAAAAUGGCUUUAAAUGACAUAUGAACUUUUGCAAGUAUCUAAUAUUAUAUUGUAUUUUAUAAAGUACUCAUUAUUAAAUUUGGUAAUUUUAUAUUGUAAUUGAUUGAAAUAAGAUAUUAACAUAUUUUAUAAUUGGUUUAUUUAAUAUGAGCAAUCACAAAUAUUCAUUAUGAUAUAUAAUAUGUUAUAUAUAUAUUGUUUUCUAAUAACAAAUUUACAUUGGAUUAGAGCAAAAUGAUAACAAUAAUUAAUAGAUUAUCGUGCUCAUAAUGAAAGAGCAUGUUUAUGAUAAUAUUUACAGCGUAGUUUAGUUUACAGCACAAAAACAUGAAAGAAAUUAGUUAAUGUAAACAAAAAAUAAUCUUUAAGAAAUAUACAUAUUAAUAUAUAGA